GGAAGCUGAGACCUUAAUCCUCGUCUCUAUUCUGGCUCCUUCUUCGCUGCUAUUUAAGCUCCGUGGGCUGCCGUGAGGAUCCGUGCGUUCCUCCCCCCCACGAUCACCAUGGUUUGCUCUCCCCUCUCUCACGCUGUUAAAACUGGUUUGAUUUAACCGUCAUAGGGGUGAUAAUAACGUCAUCAUGUAGCUGUGUGUUGAUUGGUUGGGGAGGUAGCCGGGCUGGUCGUGACCGUUAGCCCAACCGUUGGGGUGGGGGUGAGCUGCCGUUGCCGGCUGCGCUGGAGCUGUGGGGCCUCGCGGUUCGCGUUGGGGGGCAGCGGGAGGGCCCCUCCGUAGCGCUGGGCGCAGCCAGCCGUUGCGAGCCGGUAACGACGCUGAGCCAACGCUAUGUCCGGCAGGAGUAAGCCCUGGUCUAGCUGCAGCUGCCCGGAGCUGGCCGCGGGGCAGCGAGUCGGAGCGGGCGGCCCAGGUGCUGCAGCCCGGCUGCCCCAGGAGGAGUCUGAGGCGCAGGGACGGGGCCGCAGGGCUAACCCCGGCCCUGGGGACCCCGCCAUUGUCAAGUCCCCCAGUGACCCCAAGCAGUACAGGUAUCUCACGUUACAAAAUGGCUUGUGUGCACUACUGAUUUCGGAUGUAAAUAACAUGGAUAGUGUUCUUUCGGAGGAGUCUUCAGAAUGGGAGGAUAAGGAUGAGACCGAGAUUGAAACUGAUGAAGAUGAUGAUUCGGGAGCAGAGAUGGAUGAGGACAAGGAAAAUUAUGAGGAUGAUGACAAUGAUGGAGAUGAUGAGGAGGAUCCCAAUAAUUCUGAUGACAUGGAAGUGGAAGAACUAACAGGAAAGGAAGAAGCAAAGAAGAGAAAUGGUACAGACAAGCUGUCUGCAGCUGCUCUUUGUGUUGCUGUUGGCAGUUUCUGUGAUCCUGAGGAUCUGCCUGGGUUGGCACAUUUUCUGGAGCACAUGGUAUUUAUGGGCAGUUUGAAGUAUCCAGAUGAGAAUGGGUUUGACGCAUUCCUGAAGAAACAUGGGGGCAGUGUCAAUGCUUCAACUGACUGUGAACGGACAGUCUUCCAGUUUGAUAUCCAGCAGAAAUACUUCAAAGAAGCACUUGAUAGGUGGGCACAGUUCUUCAUUCACCCUCUAAUGAUUAGGGAUGCUAUUGAUCGUGAAGUUGAGGCUGUUGAUAGUGAAUAUCAACUAGCAAGGCCCUCUGAUGCAAACAGGAGGGAGCUGCUACUUGGAAGCCUUGCCAGACCUGGGCAUCCAAUGAAGAAGUUUUUCUGGGGUAAUGCAGAGACACUAAAGCAUGAGCCUAAAAAGAGUAAUACUGAUAUCUACAGCAGACUGAGGGAUUUUUGGCAGCACUAUUACUCUGCUCACUAUAUGAACCUAGUUGUCCAGUCUAAAGAAACUUUGGACACUUUGGAGAAGUGGGUGAAGGAAAUCUUUUCACAGAUUCCAAAUAAUGGUUUACCCAAACCAAACUUUGGCCAUCUGACACAGCCUUUUGACACACCCGAAUUUUACAAGCUUUACAGAGUUGUUCCAAUCAGAAAUGUUCAUUCACUGAGCAUUGCCUGGGGACUACCACCACAGGAGAGACAUUACCGGGUGAAGCCACUUCACUAUAUCUCCUGGCUGGUAGGACAUGAAGGCAAAGGCAGUGUUCUUUCCUUUCUUCGGAAAAAAUUUUGGGCUCUUGCGUUAUAUGGGGGAAAUGGUGAGACAGGAUUUGAACAGAACUCCACCUACUCUAUAUUCAGCAUUUCUGUGACUUUGACUGAUGAAGGUUACGAGCACUUCUAUGAGGUUGCACAUGUUGUAUUCCAGUAUCUGAAAAUGUUGCAGAAAAGAGGGCCAGAUAAAAGAGUUUGGGAAGAGAUUCAGAAGAUUGAAGCUAAUGAAUUUUAUUUCCAGGAUCAGGCUGAUCCAGUUGAUUAUGUUGAAAGUCUUUGUGAGAACAUACAUAUAUUUUGUAAGGAGGACUUUUUGACAGGCGAUCAGCUUCUGCUUGAAUACAAGCCUGAAAUCAUUGCUGAUGUCCUUAACCAGCUCUGCCCUGUGAGAGCAAACCUUGUUCUGUUGUCUGCUGCCAGUAAAAGAAAAUGUCAUCUAAAGGAGAGAUGGUUUGGGACACAGUACAGUGUGGAAGAUAUUGACAAAUAUUGGCGUGAUUUAUGGGCCAGUGACUUUCCGUUAAAUCAGGACUUGCACUUACCUGAAGAAAACAAAUAUAUAGCCACUGACUUCUCUCUGAAGGCAUCUGAUUGCCCUGACACGGAGCACCCAGUCAGAAUUCUGAGCACACACCACGGCUGUGUGUGGUACAAGAAGGACAAUAAAUUCAAAAUCCCCAAAGCUUACAUACGUUUCCAUCUGAUCUCCCCACUGAUACAGCAGUCUGCAAAGAGUGUGGUACUUCUUGAGACUUUUGUAAAUAUCCUUUCUCACAACCUUGCUGAACCAGCAUAUGAAGCUGAUGUUGCUCAGUUGGAAUAUAAAGUGGUAUCUGGAGAGCAUGGUUUGGUAAUUCGAGUGAAAGGAUUCAAUCAUAAACUACCUCUGCUAUUUCAGCUCAUCAUUGACCAGUUGUCUGACUUCAGUUUUACUCCAGCGAUUUUUGAGAUGAUAACAGAGCAGCUAAAGAAGACUUACUUUAAUAUUCUGAUCAAGCCAGAGAUGCUGGCCAAAGAUGUGCAUUCUUUAAUUUUGGAGCAUGGCAAGUGGUCUAUGAUAGAUAGAUACAGGAGAUUAAUGAAGGGCCUUGACACUGAGUCGCUCUCGUCCUUUGUUAAGGGCUUCAAAUCACAUCUGUAUGUGGAGGGACUAGUGCAAGGAAACUUCACAAGCAGAGAAUCAAAGGAUUUUCUGAAUUAUGUUGUUCUAAAACUGCAGUUCCUUCCCUUGCCACACCCAUGUCCUGUUCAAUUUCGGGUGGUAGACCUGCCAAACACACACCUACUCUGCAAGGUGAAAACCCUUAACAGAGGUGAUGCCAACUCUGAAGUGACAGUGUAUUAUCAGUCUGGGGCUAGGAGUUUAAGAGAAUACACCCUUAUGGAACUGCUUGUGAUGCACAUGGAGGAGCCUUGCUUCAACUUCCUGCGAACCAAACAAACCCUUGGCUACCAUGUGUACCCUACCUGUAGAAAUACAUCUGGGAUUCUUGGGUUCUCUGUUACCGUAACCACACAAGCAACCAAGAACAACUCUGAAUUAGUUGACAAGAAAAUAGAAGACUUUCUUUUGUACUUUGAGGGAAGAAUGAGGCUUUUAACUGAAAAAGCAUUCAGGACUCAGGUCAGUGCUCUACUACAUAUUAAAGAAUGUGAAGACUCCUGUCUUGGAGAAGAGGUGGAUAGAAAUUGGAAUGAAAUAAUGACUCAGCAAUAUCUUUUUGACAGACUUGCCCAUGAGGUUGAAGCACUACAAUCACUAACUAAGUCAGACCUAGUUGACUGGUUCCAAGCUCAUAGAGGCAAAGAGAGGAAAGCACUCAGUAUACAUGUGGUUGGAUUUGGUGAACAAGAAGGCGACUCAGAUGUUCAACAGUCCGUACUUAGUGAAAUAUAUCAACUCACAUUCUUACCCCCUUCCUCCUAUAUGAAGAAUACCAGUUACAUCAGGGACAUUAGAAACUUCACAUUAAUGCUUAAUCUCCUCCCUUACCACAAGAUAUUAAAAUAAAUUAUAGUUGUUUUCCCCUGCAUUUAAGUGUAGUUUAAGUAAUUUUCAGUUUGAGAACACUGUGAAUCAUUUAGCCUCACUAAAUGAAUUUGUACUGUCAGCAGCGGUAGAGGAGUUCCUCCCUUAUUUUAAUGAAGAUUUGAAGCAUUGUACAUCCACUUUGCUCUCUCCCACUCCUCUGAAAUCUGAAACAAAUUUAUUGUUAACAGUUGUUAAUGGAAAGUAUAACUCCUGUCCCCAUUCUUAACAUACUUCAAAUCAUUUUCCCUCCCUUGUUUUUUAUUGUGUUCGUAUUGUGUUCAAUACAACAUGCUAUGUAAACUUAAAACAUUAAUAAUCUAGUCUUUAUAUAUUAGACACACUGUUUCAGAGAUCUCUUUGAACGCUUCAUUACUCUGCAAAGGUACUUGUAAGAGCCUUAAAGAGAUACUGCACUGUAUCAGCAAAUUUCCAUAUUUAAAACUUGCCUUCAAACAGCUUUUCAACCAGUUGGCCAUCUCACAGUCCAGAAUAGCCUCCAUCUACUCUUGCACUAGCCACACACCCAACACAUCCUGGCACCAGUGGCUGCACAGGAGGGCAGCAUAGAACCAUCUGCGCUGCCGGAGCAAUUCCCCAGGGGGCAUUUUGGCCUCCAUGCUAUGAGAGCAGCAUAAAGGGAUCAUAAUGGCACCUUGUGAAAUAAUUUUUAUCUGUGCAAAGGGAUUGCAAAGUAAAUGUAAAAUGCUACAGAUCAGAAUGGUAGCAUACCACAUCCACUUUGCAUAGGGGAGACUACACAAUGUGCUAGGCAGCAAAGAACCAGGCCCUAAGCAUUUAAAUCAUAGUUACAGCUUUAUUUUCUAGUUUCGAAAUGAUAGAAUGACUUAUCUGAUUUCAUGCCAUCUGUGGGAUUAGCAAAACCAGAGAGACUAAUAAACAGCAAACAUGACAAAUUAAUGAUGCAGAAGUAAUGUGCAGACAAUUCAGGAGGUCAGGCUGUUAAAGGCAGGGGACAUAUGACUGUCAUUGCUAACAGCUCAUAAAUAGACUGAUGUUAGCUCUAAUGCAGAUUGUCAUCCAAUUGUCUCAUUGGACAGUUGACUACAAAAAUUUUCACACUCCUCCUAAUCUUUUUAUUGUAGGAAAUGCCGGCCAUCAAAACUCACUAUUCAUUACAUAAACCCAUUAGCCUUCCUCCUGCUGUUCAUCUCCUUAUCAACACUGAACUCACUGUUCAGGUCAGGUUCAGUGUUUAACCCAAAAUUAUACCCGGAAAUGCCAACCGUUUGAAGAGAGCGCUGGAUUGUAUGAGAAAAAUGUAUAGAGUCAGAGAUUUUUCACUUAGCUGGCACUAAUUGUCUCUUUUUGGGGCACACUUUCAGCAAAGGCCAGAGACUGAAUGAGUCGUGAAAUAGACUAUCAGUUCAUCCCUAGAGGUGUUUCUUCCCCGCAGUAUAGGGAAGCUGUAAAUUUCAGUUGUAUAGCUCCACAUAAACCUGUGGUCCUUAGACAAGGAUGUGGAAAUACUGAACCAACCUGGAUUUAGGGAAAAUAUUUUAGCUCCUGCCUUUCCCCAGUGAUAUUUGAUCCAGCAAUAUAACUGAGUAAAUGUUGCCAUUUGUCCUGUCAAAUUACCAAGGAUAUUUGCUUCCUUAAAUAACUCUGACUCCUAUCUCAGUAUAAAUAUUGUUACCUUAACAGCUCUUAAAAUGUUACAUUAUUUUCAGCCCCCCUUGCCCCUCCCACUCCCUUAGGUUUAAGGCACUCUUUGUAAAUACCUGGCUCUGUGAGGCACAGAGAGAAUGCUCAUUUACUGCUGUGUAUUGAUGCAUUAAGCCACGUUAAAGGUUUUUUGUUUGUUUCUAAUCAAAUUUCAGUAGUCUUCAACUCUCAUUUGAUACUUAGCUGGCCAUUACCCCAUAUAGGAUCCAGAUGCUAGAACAUUCCUCAGUCUAUAGCCUCUUGGUUUCUUCUG